AUGGACGCUAUGUGGCCGCGCUGGCUGCUGACGAUCCUGGCCCUUUGGACGUUCCCACAAGUGGCAGCGUUGCCGGAGCUGGCCAUGGUGGGCUUGGGCACGGCGGGCAUCAAAAAGGCCAUGUUGAUUUGCAAUUGGGAAGGGGGGGGUCGGUUUGCCUCAGAUCGUUUUACCCCUAUUAGCUUAGCCUUUGUUUUGGAUGCGUUCGAGCGUCAAAGAGCUAUCAAAGCUGUGAAAGCAUGUCAAGAGGUGUCCACCAUGGUGGAGGCCAUCCAAAUGGGCUACCGGACCUUGGACACCGCCUUAAUAUACCAGAAUCAUGCGAUGGUCCGACAAGCGAUGGAAGAGAGCCACGUGCCGCGGGAGGAGAUCUUCCUCACGUCCAAGGUGAGCUUCUUUCCCUCCUCCCUGGAGCUUCCGAAGGAGCACCAAAGCACCUUUGGCAUGACAGAAUCACCGCUCCCACCUGAGUUGACCUUCCACCCCUUCAAUGUGAAGGGGAAGGAGAUCGAGGGAAUUGAGCUGAGCCUGCAGGAGCUAGGCGUUGAGUAUUUGGAUUUGUGCUUGAUCCAUGCACCCUCCACCUCAGCACUGGAGCUUUGGGCCUCCUUUCUGCCGCACCUCUAUGGCUAUUGGCCCAAGAUGCCCAGCUGGACCGAGCCCCUGGUCCUGGGCGCCACGCAAGCCCUCACCGCGCAGGAGGUCGAGGCACGCAAGCGCGAGGCUUAUCAGCAGCGAAAGAGGUCUUGGCUGAAUAUGGAAGAGGCCAAACGUCGAGGUUUUUGCCGUCACAUCGGCGUCAGCAAUUAUCCGGUUCAGUUCAUGCAGGAGAUUGAGGAGUAUCAAACGGAGCCUAUCUACAACGAGCAGCAGGAACUGCAUCCUUUGGCCCAGUUUCGAGAUGUCCAGGAGUACACCAAGAAGGCCAAGAUCUUCUUGACGGGAUUUGGCACAGGCGUGGUGGCCGACACCCCAGCGGCUGAGCAGAUCGCGCGGCGCAUCGGCCGCUCGCCGGGGCAAGUGCUCCUGCGCUGGGCGGUGCAGCACCAGGUGCACGUGACACCGAAGUCCAACCAGCUGGCACGGCUCCGGGAGAACUUGGAGGUCUUGGACUUCGAGCUCAGUGAUGCGGACAUGGCGACCUUAGAUGCCUUGGAUGCCUCGAAAGUCUUCUACUGGAACACCAGCAUCUUAGUGCCCAAGGCUGACCGGAAGCUGCGAGACGACCUGUGA